AUGUUUCAUCUGUACCCAGUGCUGCUUGCCGCAGCAUUUGGCUCCUUUGCACGAGCACACAAUGACACCUCCGCUGAUCAUUGCAAUAAUCUGCUCUUUCCUGGACAAGAUGCAUACGAAACGCGAAUCGAUUCGUACUUCGAUAUCAAGCAGCAGGCCCUGACACCAAACUGCCUCAUCCGGCCAAAGACUUCCAAGGACGUAUCUCUAAUUGUCAAAAUCUUGACCACCGCCAACAGCGGGACGCCCUGCAAAUUUGCCAUUCGAAGUGGUGGCCAUACCCCGUACGCCGGUGCUUCGAAUAUCGAUGAUGGUGUGACUGUCGACCUCCAGUAUCUCAGUGCUGUCAAGUAUGAUGCCAAGAACGAACUUGUCAAUGUUGGCCCUGGAGCGCGAUGGAACGAUGUGUUUACCACUCUUGAGCCAUUGGGUGUUAUCACGACGGGUGGCCGUUCAUCGACUGUCGGUGUUGGUGGACUUACCCUUGGCGGUGGCAUCAGCUACUUCAGUCCGGAACACGGGCUGAUCUGCGAUAACGUCCUUGAGUUCGAAAUCGUGCUUGCCAACGGCACUAUUACCACUGCCAGCAAGACCAAGAACCCUGAUCUCUUCACCGUUCUCAAAGGUGGAAACAACAACUUCGGCAUUGUGACCAACUUUAAGUUCGCAACCUUUGACUAUGAUGGGCUGUGGGGCGGUCUCGUUGUCUACCCGUUGACAACGAUCCAGGCACAUUUCAAGGCUCUCAUCAACUUCUCGAACAACAUUGACAAGAAUCCUAAGGGCUCUGCCAUUGUUAUGCCUUCAUAUCAAAGCAGUGCGAAAGCAGAUUUGAUCCUGGUCGCGUAUGACAACGCCGAGCCUGUAGUCAGGCCAGCUGCGUAUAAGGAGUUCCUUGCCAUUCCCGGCAACAUUUCCGAUAGCACUGGAAUCAGGAACAUGUCAUCUUUGGCGGCGGAGUUGGCCGGUGUUACCACUCACAGCGUCUACUUUGGUACUCUUACCUUUGCCAAUGACUUGCGCGUCAUGACAAAGGCUCAAGAGAUCUAUGUCGACGUAGUGGCCGGUCUUAAAGCCAAGGCCACUGGUGAUUGGAACAUCUACACUCUGUAUCAGCCUCUUCCACCGGCGUACUGGAAGAACAGUGUUGCAAGAGGUGGCAAUGUGCUCGGUCUCGAGCGCUUCAAUGGACAAGUCCUGUGCCUCUACCAGCCAUACAUCUCCUGGCAAGGCGCCGAACAGGACGCGCUCUUCCAAAAGGCUGGAGCGGAUCUGAUCAGCAGGAUCCGCGCUUAUGCCGAAAGCAUUGGUGCUGAUAACCCGUAUCUCUAUCUCGACUAUGCGGACAAGACGCAGGACCCGCUAAAGGGUUAUGGCGAGGUGAAUGUGAAGAAGAUGAAAGCGGCCGCUAAGAAGUACGACCCUCGGGGCAUCUUCCAGAAGUAUGUACCCGGCGGUUUCAAGAUCAGCAAGGUCCAGUAG